AUGGCAGUGCAAUAUAGUAUCCAAUCUGGGUAUGCAAUACUAUAUGAUCAACAUAUCAAGGUACAAUGGAGUAAAUUUGUGUGGGAGAGAUGCAGUAUUCCGAAACAUAGAUAUAUUCUCUGGCUAGCUCUGCAUCAGAAGUUGAGAACCAAAGAGCAACUCAGCAAAUACUUUCCGGCGAUGGACACAGUAUGCUUGCUGUGUGGAGAUCACAAGGAAGAUAUUACUCAUCUAUUCUUUCAAUGUACUUACAGCAAAAUCUGUCUUGUGAAGAUGAAGGAGUGGAUUGGUUGCCGAGUACAAACAGAGCAUUAUCAAGCAUUAUUGCAAUGGAUUUCCAAAGCAAAACAUCUCAGCAAACUCAGGAAAGGAUUUUUCAUAGCUGUUGUUUCUGCACUAGUAUACCAUAUAUGGAGGGUCCGAAAUGAUGUCUUGUGGUCAUCUAAGAUUUGGUAUGUAAAUCAUAUUAUAGAGGUCAUUAAAAGAGAGUUAAAAUUGAGAUUUAUUGUAUCAGUGUACAAGGGAAAACGAAAUAGGGAUAAAGAAUGGAUUCAAAAAUUAUAA